AUGGACGGAAACACUUUGGGAUCCUAUGGCGGCAGCCUCGUUGCUCGUGCAGGCGGUUUACAUCCCCCACCAGAAGUCCUCCUCAGCUGGCCAAGACCGAAUUAUGUCGACCCGGAGGAGCGAGGUUGGGGACCACCAAUACUGCUCAUGGUCGUCUUGGGCAUCACCUUCCUGGUAUACUGUGCGCGGAUGUGGGCAAGGCUGGUCAUAUCGAAGAACUUUGGGCUGGAUGACAUACUUGUCAGCAUGGCAAUGCUGCCGCUAUUCGGUCUGACCAUAGCAAGCGUACUUGGUAUUCGUAUCUAUGGCUUCCAAUGGCACGUCUGGGACCAGACCAAAGAAACGCUAGUAACGACAAGAGAGAUCGCUUUUGCAAUCGAACUUAACUACAUGUUAACCUCGACGCUGAUCAAAGUCUCGAUCCUUUGCUUCUACCGCCGAAUCGGUGAUCGUCUGACGAAUCAGUUUAUCUACUGGGUCUACGGCACCAUCGCCUUCUGCAUCAUCUACGGAAUUGCCUUCACUAUUGCCAUUGUCUUCACAUGUACACCGGUUAUAGGAUUCUUCCGCCUCUUCGACAUAUCCUGGAGACUGCAGAAUGAACUGACGUGUCGCAACGAGGGGGCCCUCAUUGUCGCAUGCGCGGUGAUCUCAUUGUUCCAGGACUUUAUCAUUUGCCUGCUACCAGUCCUUUUGAUUUGGAACCUCCAGAUCAGCAAACGCCAGAAGAUCGGCCUGUGUGCCAUUUUUGGCGUGGGUCUGAUAACAUGCAUCUGCGGUAUAAUGCGAACUUUCUAUGCCGCAAAGCUAUACUUCUUCACCUACGAUAUCACCUGGGCAGCAUAUUCUGGCUGGAUCUGGACGACACUCGAAGCCCAGCUAGCCGUGAUGUGCGCCUCGGCGCCCUCGCUCAAAGUCUUUCUCGGCCGCUACUUCAGCAUGUACACCUCGCGCGCCGGCUACUCUCAAACUGGAAUCCCCGGUCAAGCGUCUGGUCCGUCUUCAAAUACACUAUCGCAAGGCUUCACCGGGAAAGCAUCCCAGCACUCGACACAGCGAUCGCAGUGCACUGCUGGAUCGAUUCGCGGUGAUGUUCCGUUGGAAGGCAUUCACAUAACCAACAAGUUGGAUGUCAAGGUUGAAGAGCGCGAUGAUUACGAGCAUGCGAGCGUCCACAGCACGAAGGAGCUUACUGCGCUACCAAUGUCAUCACAGCCGGGUUGGCGGGAUGGCUGCAAAACGGUUUGCGCCGCACUACGACCAGGCAGCAGAGGCAUAUCAGCAACUCGUGGUCGGAGUCGCGAGCGCGAUAUCGAAGCCGGUCGCGCUUACUGA